GUGAGAGGGGAUAAGCUGCCGGUGCUGUGCUGUGUUUGAUUAAGCAGAUGAAAACUCCUGCAGUGGACGGUCCGCAGAAUGUGCUGUGGCUUCACUGAGAUAUAUCUAAACGCGGGUUGACUAACGCUAGUUUGUUAGCUGGUGCUAUUCAGCCGCCAGUGGCAGUUUGUCGCCUAACAACAAGACGAAAACAAGGUGAAGAGAGAGAAAUAGGAGCUGAAAGAAAAUGGACUGUGAAGAGAAGACCUAUGGUGGCUGUGAAGGGCCAGAUGCCAUGUAUGUAAAGCUGAUUUCUUCUGAUGGUCAUGAAUUCAUCGUGAAGAGAGAACAUGCCCUGACAUCAGGAACCAUCAAAGCUAUGCUGAGUGGCCCUGGUCAGUUUGCUGAAAACGAGACAAACGAAGUCAAUUUCAGAGAGAUCCCGUCUCACGUCCUCUCUAAAGUGUGCAUGUAUUUCACAUACAAAGUACGAUACACCAAUAGCUCCACAGAAAUCCCAGAAUUCCCCAUUGCUCCUGAGAUAGCCUUGGAACUUCUGAUGGCUGCAAACUUCUUGGAUUGUUAGGGACAUUCUUUUGUGGUGCAUUACGUGUACAUGCAGUGUGUACACACACUCACACAGAGUCUCUUAGAUGUAUUUAUUUUGCUUCUCUAUGUUGCUGAAAUGUUGUUAACAAGAGAGGCAUAAAAUGUGAAAGGCUUACGUAUCCAUGUUUUUUUGUUAUUACUUAACCCAAUAUAUAAAUUGUUCUCUCUUUUUUUAUGUUCAUUCAGUGUUAGUUAUAACAUAAUUCACAGUACACAACAACAAAUUACAUACAGAAAUACAGGCUUUUGUUUUCUCAUGUAUGUAUGUGCUCUGUAUCAAUCAUAUUAAGAAUUUCCUCACAUAAAGGCUCUCUUACAAAUA